GGGAGCCGAGGCGCGGCCGGAGCGGUUUGGCAGCUGCACCGGGCAAGAUGGCGGACCGGGAGGAGGCGCUGAGGGAGUUCGUGGCCGUGACCGGGGCCGAGGAGGAGCGAGCGCGCUUCUUCCUGGAGUCGGCGGGCGGAGACCUGCAGAUUGCCCUGGCCAGUUUCUACGAAGAUGGCGGUGACGAGGACAUCAUCACGCUCCCACAGCCGGCCCCCAGCUCUGUUACCAGAGGCACCGCGCCCAGUGACCACAGGGUGACAUCAUUCCGAGACCUCGUCCAUGCUCAGGAAGAGGAGGAAGAGGAGGAGGAAGGGCAAAGGUUUUAUGCCGGAGGCUCGGAGCGCAGCGGGCAGCAGAUCGUCGGUCCCCCCCGGAAGAAGAGCCCCAACGAGCUGGUGGAGGAUUUGUUCCGCGGGGCCAAAGAGCACGGAGCGGUGGCUGUCGACAGGGCCGCCAAAAGCCCCGGAGAGGGCAGCGGCGGCAGGCCGAAACCCUUUGCAGGCGGAGGGUACCGUCUGGGAGCUGCUCCCGAGGAGGAGUCUGCUUAUGUGGCCGGAGAGAUGAGGCACAACGCGGCCCAGGACGUGCAUGUAGUCCUGAAGCUGUGGAAGAGUGGAUUCAGCCUGGACGGCGGAGAGCUGCGGAGCUAUCAAGACCCGUCCAACUCCCAGUUCUUGGAAUCGAUCCGCAGAGGAGAGGUCCCUGCAGAGCUUCGUCGGUUAGCGCGUGGUGGGCAGGUGAACUUGGAUCUGGAAGACCACCGCGACGAGGAUUUUGUGAAGCCGAAAGGAUCCUUCAGGGCUUUCACUGGAGAAGGGCAGAAGCUGGGCAGCACUGCCCCCCAGGUGAUGGGCUCGAGCUCUCCGGCGCAGCAGGCGGAGAACGAAGCGAAAGCCAGCUCCUCGGUCUUCAUCGAUGAGUCAGAGCCCACCACCAACAUCCAGAUCCGGCUGGCGGAUGGUGGGCGGCUUGUCCAGAAGUUCAACCACAGUCACAGGAUCCGUGACAUUCGGCUCUUCAUCGUGGAUGCCCGGCCGGCGAUGGCCGCUACCAGCUUUGUCCUCCUGACCACCUUCCCGAACAAAGAGCUGACAGACGAGGACCAGACCCUGAAGGAAGCCAACCUCCUCAACGCCGUCAUUGUCCAGCGGUUCAUAUAACGGAGCCCGCUGGCCAGCCGCGCGCCUCUCUCAUAU